UUUAGGUCACUUCAUAAACCCUAAAAAGAAGCCAAAAAAACCGCAAAAGCGCUCCCAUUUCAAAAUUUGAACUUUGGUUCUCCCCAAUAGUCAUCUUCUUCCUCAGAUCUUCAAGCCCUAAUUUUCUUGAACUCUGAAAAUGGGUGGAGCUCACAGCCGCGAAGAUCUCGAGCUCAUAGACUCAGACGAAGAAGAGGAGGAGAAUUUCCAGGACGCCGAGGAGAAGAUUCAGAGGUCGGCGGAGAAGGGGCCCAAAACGCCGGCGUCGGUGGACGACGUGGAGGCCAAGCUCAAGGCUUUGAAGCUGAAAUACGCCUCAGCGUCGAAGCAGACUCCGAAUCUGAAGAACGCGGUGAAGCUGUACCUCCACGUCGGCGGGAACACGCCGAAAGCGAAAUGGGUAACCUCUGAGAAACUCACCUCGUACUGUUUUCGCAAGACGUGUAGAAUGGAGGUUGGUGAUGAUGAUGAAGAAGAAGAAGAAGAGGAGGAGGAGGAUGAGGAGAGGGAGGAUUCGUGGUGGGUGUUGAGGGUGGGGAUGAAGAUUAGGGUUAAGGUUGGGGCUGAGAUGCAGUUGAAGAUGUUUGGGAGGGAGCGGCGUGUCGAUUUUGUAGCCCGGGGAGUUUGGGCCAUGAAGUUCUUUACUGAGGAGGAUUACAGGGUGUUUGUUGCUAAGUAUACUGAUUGUAUGUUUGAGAAUACUUAUGGAUACGAGGCAAAUGAGCAGAAUAAGGUGAAGGUGUAUGGGAAGGAUUUUAUUGGGUGGGCAAAGCCGGAGGCGGCGGAUGAUUCUGUGUGGGAGGAUGCUGAGGAUAGUUUGGUGAGGAGUCCGGGGUCUGCAACCCCGGUGAGAGUGAAUCAGGACUUGAGGGAGGAGUUUGAGGAGGCGGUGCACGUGGGUAUACAGAGCUUGGCAUUGGGCGCGUUGGAGAAUAGUUUCCUUGUGGGAGACUCUGGCGUGCAGGUUGUUAAGAAUUAUAGUCAUGGGAUACAGGGGAAGGGUGUUUAUGUUAAUUUUGAUGAUGGGAGUUAUGGGGGUGGGUCGAGUUUGGCGCGCUCCACGCCCAGGAAGGCUCUGCUGAUGAGGGCUGAGACGAAUAUGCUGCUCAUGAGUCCCAUGAAAGAAGGGAAGCUGCAUACGACGGGGCUUCAUCAGUUUGACAUUGAGACUGGAAAGGUUGUGACGGAGUGGAAGUUUGAAAAGGAUGGGACUGAUAUUACAAUGAAAGAUAUUGCUAAUGACAGCAAGGGAGCUCAGUUGGAUCCUUCAGGGUCUACAUUCUUGGGAUUGGAUGAUAACAGGCUUUGUCGCUGGGAUAUGCGUGAUAGGAAAGGGAUGGUUCAGGAUCUUGCAAGUGCCAAUACUCCUAUUCUCAAUUGGAACCAAGGGCAUCAGUUCUCCAGAGGAACCAACUUUCAGUGCUUUGCUAGUACUGGUGAUGGCUCGAUUGUUGUCGGGUCUCUUGAUGGAAAAAUCAGGUUGUAUUCGAUCAAUUCAAUGAGGCAAGCCAAAACAGCUUUUCCUGGCCUUGGUUUUCCUAUUACGCACGUAGAUGUUACGUAUGAUGGAAAGUGGAUUUUGGGAACAACUGACACCUGCUUGAUCCUCAUCUGUUCCUUGUUUAUUGAUAAGGAUGGGAAGACAAAGACUGGCUUUGCUGGGCGUAUGGGGAAUAGGAUUUCUGCCCCAAGGUUGUUGAAGCUGAAUCCUUUGGAUUCUCACCUGGCAGGUGCUAAUAACAAGUUUCGCAAUGCUCAGUUUUCUUGGGUCACAGAGAAUGGGAAGCAGGAGCGCCAUUUGGUUGCAACUGUCGGAAAGUUUAGUGUGAUUUGGAAUUUCCAACAGGUGAAGGAUGGGUCACAUGAAUGCUACCUAAAUCAGGAGGGCUUGAAGAGCUGUUAUUGUUAUAAGAUAGUCCUGAAAGAUGAUUCCAUUGUUGAUAGUCGCUUCAUGCACGACAAGUUUGCAGUCACCGACUCACCUGAAGCCCCGCUUGUGAUUGCAACCCCAUUGAAAGUCAGCUCCUUCAGUAUAUCCAGUAGGCGAUGAUGUUCAGAGACAUGACCCUUCAUCUACUCUGAGCUUUCUUAGCUUGACUGAUGAAGUUUUCAGUGCUUAUUUUUAGGACUUCCUAAUUGUAUUUCACAUGUUCUAUGAGGGCAUUGUGUUUAGGUAAUUUCAGUAUGGAAUGAUGUCUAAUUGCUGUUCCAUUAGGAGAUCCAUUAAUGUUAGUAUUUGUCAAGUUCUUAACAGAACAUGAUAUGCUGCGUUUAGCAGCCUAGUAGGGGACUCGAGAAAACUACAAUGUAUUAAUUUGCUUCUCUAUGGAAAUUUCUAGCGUUCGUAGUA